AUGGCAGAGGACAAGAAAAAGUUCGACCUGGUGCCCCGGGGGUCGUACGGGAGCGACCUGGUUGGAAACACGCUCUUGAUUGGUCUCCGGGCGCUGGACCCCUUGCUGCAACGACAUCUCCUGCUCCACUCGCCGCUGCCGCUGCUGGCGUCGAGGCUGGGACUCUCUUCUUCGGCGACGGCGGCGGCGCUUCAUGCACCCGUCGCGGGCGGGCCCGUGCUGGCAGCGACGGGCCUGACGCCGUACCAGACGGUGAUCUGGGCCAUGUCGAUCGGGGCCGCGGCGAAGCAUAUCUUCUGGAAGGUCGCGACGGCCCAGGAGCCUGUGUACCCGGGCGCGGCGGUGGCCAUCAGCGUCUUCAAUACCGUCUUCAACAGCCUCAAUACGCUCUUGUACGACGCGUCGGCCGAGAACCCCGUCUAUUUCGCCCCCUGGAGCGUCUACGUCGGCACGGUGCUGUUCGCGGGCGGGUUGCUGAGCGAGACCGUCUCCGAGGUCCAGCGUCGCAAUUUCAAAAGGGACCCCGCGAACAAAGGCAAAGUCUAUACAGGCGGCUUGUUCUCCGUCGUCCGUCACGUCUCGUACCUGGGCUACUCGAUGUGGCGUGCCGGGUACGCCCUGGCGUCUGGCGGUCCCGUGUGGGGUGUCGUUGUCGGCGGCUGGUUUCUCUGGGACUUUGGUGCUCGAGCAAUCCCUAUCCUGGACGAGUACAUGGUAAACAAGUACGGCGAGCAAUGGGCCAAGGUCAAGAGGGAGGUACCCUACGCUCUAAUCCCAGGGGUUUGGUGA